AAGACAGCCUCCCACUAACCCUAAUACUCUGUCUCGCUCUCCUCUGAAGCCUCGUCCAUGGCUUCACGCAGGCUCUUAUCCACAUUUCUCCGAUCCUCGGCCCGCCGAUCUCCGUCCUCCAGGUCCGCCUUCUCCGGCCCCAAGGCUUCCCCCUGCCCCUACGCUUCCCACCGCCCCUCCCCGGCCGGAUACCUCCUCACUCGAGCGGCGGAGUACGCCACAUCCGCCGCGGCUGCCUCGCCGCCCUCCCCGCCUCCCCCGACGAAGGACGCCGGGAAGGGGAAGAUCACCGAUGAGUUCACCGGCGCCGGCGCGAUCGGCCAGGUCUGCCAGGUGAUCGGUGCCGUCGUAGAUGUCCGGUUCAAUGAGGGGCUGCCCCCCAUCCUCACGGCCCUCGAGGUGCAGGGCCACUCCAUAAGGCUGGUGCUUGAGGUUGCCCAGCACUUGGGGGAAAAUGUGGUCAGGACUAUCGCUAUGGACGGGACUGAGGGUCUUGUCCGUGGCCAGCGCGUGCUCAACACUGGCUCCCCUAUCACUGUGCCGGUUGGGAGGGCUACACUUGGCCGUAUCAUUAAUGUCAUCGGAGAGGCCAUUGAUGAAAGAGGAGAACUCAAGACCGACCACUACCUGCCCAUCCACAGAGAAGCUCCGGCAUUUGUGGAGCAGGCGACUGAGCAACAGAUCCUUGUCACUGGUAUUAAGGUCGUUGACAUGCUCGCUCCAUACCAAAGAGGAGGAAAGAUUGGACUCUUUGGUGGUGCUGGUGUUGGAAAGACUGUGCUAAUCAUGGAGCUUAUUAACAAUGUUGCAAAAGCUCAUGGUGGUUUCUCUGUGUUUGCUGGUGUGGGAGAGCGUACUCGUGAGGGCAAUGACUUGUACAGGGAAAUGAUUGAGAGUGGUGUCAUUAAGCUAGGGGAGAAGCAGGCUGAUAGCAAGUGUGCUCUUGUCUAUGGUCAAAUGAAUGAGCCCCCUGGUGCCCGUGCUCGUGUCGGGCUUACUGGGCUUACUGUGGCAGAGCACUUCCGUGAUGCUGAAGGGCAGGAUGUGCUGCUUUUCAUUGACAACAUUUUCCGAUUCACGCAAGCGAACUCUGAGGUGUCUGCGCUGCUUGGUCGUAUUCCUUCUGCCGUGGGUUACCAACCAACCUUGGCUACAGAUCUUGGAGGUCUUCAGGAGCGUAUUACAACCACGAAGAAAGGCUCCAUCACAUCAGUGCAAGCCAUUUAUGUGCCUGCUGAUGACUUGACAGAUCCAGCCCCUGCUACCACUUUUGCCCACUUGGAUGCUACAACUGUGUUGUCGCGACAGAUUUCAGAACUUGGAAUCUAUCCUGCUGUGGAUCCCCUCGACUCGACAUCCCGUAUGCUCUCUCCUCACAUUUUGGGGGAGGAUCACUACAACACAGCUCGUGGAGUGCAAAAGGUUCUUCAGAACUAUAAAAAUCUUCAGGAUAUUAUUGCUAUUCUGGGAAUGGAUGAGCUCAGUGAAGAUGACAAAUUGACUGUCGCUCGUGCCCGUAAGAUCCAGCGUUUCUUGAGCCAGCCUUUCCAUGUUGCUGAAGUCUUCACGGGUGCCCCUGGCAAGUAUGUCGAAUUGAAGGAGAGCAUUGCCAGCUUCCAGGGUGUGUUGGAUGGGAAGUACGAUGAUCUCCCCGAGCAGUCAUUCUACAUGGUUGGAGGCAUCGAGGAAGUCCUUGCCAAGGCCGAAAAGAUUGCUAAGGAAUCUGCAUCUUAGUGCAGUCGCUGCUCUCAUUCUUCUCAUUUACUUCUCUUCAGCAGAUUAUUGAGAAAAUUAAUAAUUUAGGCGCUGUUGGCGAUGCCCAGCAAAAGGAUUCUUUUUCCCCUCACCAGAGACCAAAAUGGUUUAGGAUCUCCGUUUGUGGUCCAUCUGUGCUGUUAAUGUUGUUGCUGAGUGUGCAAAAGGAAAUGGAGUUGAAUCAGUGCCCUGUCCCAAAAACCAAACCCUCUUUUCUUAAUAAAGUGCAAGAGAAAACUGAGGCAGGCAUUGGGGACAUGUAUAUUGUUUUUUUGAUGCUCUCAGAAUAUCGAGUUGGGUUUCAAUUGUGUUGA